AUGGCUGCCUUCGGCCGCAAAUACACCAUGCGCCCGGUCAUUCCCGCGGAGCGAAUGGACUCCUGCGGCCGAAUUACCAUCAACAACAUCCCGGAAGGAAUUUCAGAGGCCCAACUGAAAGCAAACCUCUCCCACCACGGAGACGCCAAGAUUCAUAUGUUCGUCCCUGGCUGCGAACACAGCGCUGGCUGGGCAUGGGUGAGCUUUGGCAGCAGGGACGAGGUCGUCAAUGUGUUGCAGAGCGCGUACGAGAAGAGCCACGCACGAGAGAAGCUGGAACAGACAGCCGCGCCUCAAGUGGAAGCGACUCCGGUGCCGGAAGUCGAGGGAAAAGACGCGCACAAGAUGCCCAGCGAUUCCGACAGAGAAAACUGUGCCACCAGCGAGGGCGAAGCAACCGGCAGCGACGUCCGAUCUUCGGAGUGCUCCUCUGCGCACUCAGAGGACGAGGCGGGCAGCAGAUAA